AAAGAAAACUUUGAUUUGGUUGUAUUGGAUAAUUCCCCUAUAGCCUACAUGUUGGUUAUCAUCCCUUACAAAUUUGAUAUUCCCUUUAUUUUAUAUGGGCCUUUUUAUGAUGCUAUAUCACAUCGGAUUCCUUUCUCACCAGCUGUUAUAACCCCACCACUACUAGCAGCAACCGAACGGAUGAAUUUCAAAGAAAGAUUACAGAACACACUGUUACACCUGUCAAUGUUUAUUUUCUAUCCAUUUUCUAUGGGAAAUGAGGCUGCUAUUUUCGCCCCGGAGAAACCUAAUAUCCAUCUCAUGGACAUUAUUAGUAAGAGUGAGCUCGUGAUCCUUGAAUUCAACAUAAUGUUACAUUUUCCCAUUCCGUUACUGCCAAAUAUCAUUUCAAUCGGAGACGUUACUCCAAAAAGCAGCCUUGAGAUUCCAAAUAAUUUCCAAAAAUUCUUGGAUAGAUCUAAGAAUGGAGUUGUAUUAGUUUCCUUUGGAAGUUUAACAAGUACUGGAGACAAACCAGUAUUUAAGAAACUUGUAUCCGCUUUCAAACGAACUAAAUACAACUACAUCAUAAAAGGAGAAUUCACUCAAAGUGAUGAUCAAAUUUUAGCUGAGAACUGGAUACCACAAUCGUCGUUAUUAAAACAUGCCAAUAUCAAACUAUUUAUAACUCAUUGUGGAGCCAAUGGAAUUAGAGAAGCUAUUAUCGGUGGAGUUCCUAUGUUAGGGUUUCCUUUAUUUGCAGAACAACCAGGAAAUGCCUUCCGGCUACAAUCCCGUGGUUUUGGUAUUAAAAUGGAUUUAUAUUGGGAUAAUGAAGAUGAUAUUGUAAAAUCGAUCAAUGAAAUAAUAGAGAAUCCUCAAUAUAAAAACACGGUGAAACGAGCAUCAGAAUUUAUGAAUGCUCAGAAAGGUAAUGCUACACUAGAAGCAGUAUUUUGGAUAGAAACUAUUUUAAAAUUUGGUGGUGAAUAUUUACGGUCUGCUGGUGUAGAUAUACCACUGUAUCAAUAUUUGUUAUUAGAUGUUAUAUUUGUAUUAAUCUGUAUUAUCAUAGUUGUUAUUCUUAUU